AUGAUACGGGACAGUAAUGAUGACAGUAAUGACGCUGAGGCUAAGAAUCGCCUUAUAAAAUGCAAGGAAUUCUUUGAAGCCAAGGUUAACUACGAUACGCCAUUUAUUGUCUCAAAUAUAGCUGGUUUGCUCAUAGAGCCAUACGUUUGCAACUACAAAUCGACAGCAGAAGUUCAAAUAAUCUCUGUAAUUCAUAAGCUUAAGGCCAAAAAAACUUCCGGAAAAGAUGGUCUUAGAACUCUUCAAAUAUUCUCCAUCAUUGUUCAUAAUUCGCCUUCAACAAAUUCGUCCCCUCUAGUAUGGCAAAAGGAAAUAACACCAAAAGACUGGAGUAAAGCAAUUCUACUUCCAAUUCCUAGAAAGGAUGACAGGACGUCCCUGCGAUAA